AAAAUUAAAAUAUAAAAUUUUGUUAACUAUUCAUACGGCAAGUUAAAUUAUAAUCAUUUGCUAUUGGCAUAACGGUAAAACUUAAUUAUAAUUAAAAACAGCAAGUGUGUGUGUAUGUGAAUAUGAGUAAAUUGUGCUUGUAGUGGUUUUAGGGGAAAUAUUUGAAAUUAAUUGAAAUUGAAAAAUUGUUGCAAGCAACAGAAGUUAGGUUAGCUUAAAGUAGAAAAAAAGCAAAGAAGUCUAAAAAAUAGAAAGUAGAAGAAAAUGUAGAAGGGUUGUGAAGAGAGCUUAGCGCAGAAAAAUUAAGGGAAUUCUGAAACAAUCUCGAAGAAGAAAUCAAUAAACUGUAUAAGAGUUGUGAAGAGAGCUUAGCGCCGUAAAAAGAAAAAAAUUCUACAAACACUUCCAACAAGAAAAUGUAGAAAAAUUAAGUUGAGCUUCUCUUUCAAGCUCUGUGGAAAAAAUGUCUAAAAAAUUCAAGCAAAUGCAGUGGGACCAUGAAAAGAGCUUAAAGGAGACAAAAAUCUAAAAAAAAAUCCAGAAAAUGUGGAAGAAUUAAGAGGAUUGCUUAAAGCAAUAAAAAUCAGGAAUUCUAAAUUAGUCUCGAACCAGAAGAAUGAUGAAGAGCGCUUGAAGGAGAAAAAACAAAACAAGUCUAAAAUGUUGGAGAAAUGUAAAGAGAACACGAAGAGAGCUUAAAGAAGAAAAGUAGAAAACAACUCUAAAAGAAAUGGUGCAAAAUGUAAAAAAGUUAUGGAGACCGCUUGGAGCUUUUAACAGUUCUCAAAAACUCUCAAACCAGAAAAUGUAGAAGAGUUAAAAUAAGUGCUCCAUGAAGAUAAAAAGAAAAGGAGGCUAACAAAGUUCAAGAAAAUGUGGAGGAAAUAUGAAGAGAGUCUAAGAGAGAAAAUCAGAAAAUAAGUCUAAAAGAAAAGGUGCGAAUAAGUCUAAAAAAAAUUGUGAGGAGCGCUUAAAGCAGCAAACAGAAGAGAAUUCUAAACAAAAAUCUCGUACAAGAAAAUAUAUUGAAAAAUUAUGAAAGCGCUUGUAAUACAACGUGAGCACCAGAGCGAAGCACUGCUUGAAUUUUCGCAUGCAUGAGAGGUUAAAUUUAGCAUACAAACAAAACAGGUGUUGUAUAUAAAUACUUAUAUAUACUUAUAUACAUUUAGUAUGCACUAAGCAUUUGUAAUAUUCAUAAUUAGUUAUAUAACUUUUAAUAUAUUUACCUCUAUAAGACAUUUAGUGUGUAAGGUGUGCAAAGUGUCAGUCGGAAAUGCACGUAUGGCCAACAGCUAGAACAAAGCACUAAGAAAAGCUAAACUAAAUUAAGCAACAAUACCAAAAAACACUACUUGUAUAAGUAAUAUCACGUGGCAACCUAGUAAUACAACUAAAUAUUAAACUGAACUUGUAGAAACCUUUGCUGUGUGUGUGUCAAAACACUUGCUUUCAUUAGAGCCGCGCAGCCAUUUGAACCAGUUCCGCUGCCUGAUUAGCAUUACCGGCUUUGCAGCUGAGGCGCCAAACUCAUUUGUUUACGAAUUUGCUUGUUAUUGUAGUUAUUGUCACUGACACGGCAGCGAUUUUAAUUUGAUACAAACGCGAGCUGUGAUAACAACGAUGCCACAAAAUUUAACACGCGAGUGCCUUAGCGCCCACGACCAGCAAGUGCUGGAUUCCAUAUUCAAUCCGCUGGAACUCACUUCGAGUGUGACGCAAGCAAUUGGACCCGAGGCGCACGCCAACCUAGUGGAUGUCGAGCCGGUCACUGCAGCAGUGCAGCAAUCCAAGGUGCUGGAGUUGUGCGCCAUCAAGUUGGCGGAGGAAGACAAAUUGGUGGAAGCCUUGCAAUGCUUUGAGCAAGCGAUUGAUGUGGCACCGACACGUGCCUCUGUUUACAAUAAUCGUGCACAGGCGCUGCGGCUUGUCGGCAGGGAUGAGGAGGCUCUUGCCGAUCUCUCUAAAGCGAUUACACUGUGUACCGAACAACCGCGCACGAAAUGCACCGCUCUCUGCCAGCGCGGCAUGCUCUACAGGAAGCAGAACAAUGUGGAUGCGGCGCGCAAGGACUUCGAGGACGCGGCGCAGUUGGGCAGCAACUUCGCCAAAACACAGCUGGUGGAGCUCAAUCCCUUUGCGGCACUUUGCAACCAAAUGCUGCGCCAGGCAUUCGAUCAAUUGAAGUAGAAUUUAUUGCUGUUGUAGAGUUGCAAAAUAAAAAAAAAUAAACACCACAAGCGCGCUGGAGCCAAAUGAA